AUGUUGCUGGACGAGUCCAAUUCUAGCGACAGGAAUUCCCCCGUCAUCUCCAUACUUGGAUUUGGUGGGGUUGGAAAGACUACUUUCGCCAGGUACGUCCUUGCAGACGAACAAGUUCAAAAGCAUUUCGAUCUCAAAGUGUGGAUUUAUGUGUCCGAUAAAUUCGAUGAGCUGGAGAUCACGAAGCAGAUCAUAACAUCUAUCUCCAGAAUCAAGCCUCGGGAGCUUCUUCAGGUAAAGAAUACGAGCUACCUUCGGAGGGUUCUUAGAGACAAGUUGAUUGGGAAAAGGUUUUUGCUCGUCCUUGAUGAUGUGUGGGAUACCAGAUGGGAGGCACUUCGCCAUUGUCUAACAUAUGCAGAGAAGGGUAGCAAGAUAUUGAUCACGGCUAGAGAGGAAAAAAGUGUAGAUGUGAUGGGUCCUGUGAGAAAAAUCUUGUUGGAGGGUUUAGUGUCCGAGGCUUUUAGGUUAUUAUUCGAAGCAUGUGCUUUUCCUAGUGGGAUGGGUUAUUUUUGCUGUCCGGAAUUAGAACCUGUUGGCAUGGAGAUUGCUAAGAAGCUGAAAGGUAACCCUCUUGCAGCAAAGACCGUGGGUAAACUGCUAAGUGCUAACCUUCAUCACAGUUAUUGGAGAAGCAUUUUGACGAGCGAUUUAUGGAAACUAGAACAGGAGCCUAAUGACAUCAUGCCAGCACAUCUGCAGCGCUGCUUUGCUUGUUGUAGUAUAUUUCCUAAAGGUUACAAGUUCAUCAAAGAAAGGUUAGUCCACAUGUGGAUGGCACAAGGAUUCAUUCAAACCCAGACAGCAUUUGUAACAAUGGAGGACGCAGGGGGAGAGUACUUCAAUAAUUUGCUGCAGAGGUCUUUCUUUGAACGAGGUGAACGCUCUAAUGAUGUUUUCUAUUAUAUGAAUGAUCUAAUCCAUGACUUGGCGCAUUUUGUUUCCAUGCAUGAUUGCCUUAGAAUUGACAGCGAUCAGAUAGGAGUGAUAUCACGAACGGUUCGCCAUUUAUCCAUCAGGAUCGAUAGAUUAGAUGAAGUCAGGAAAGUUGCUGAAUUAAAAAAUUCGCGCACUCUUCGCUUUGUAUUUAACGGGCAUGUGCCUAAUUAUUCUCAGAUUCUUCAAGAUGUAUUGAAAGAGCUAAAAAGCAUACGUGUCCUUGAUUUAUCUGACUGUCAUUUGGCAAAUUUGCCAGAGAUGGGCCAUUUAAUACAUUUAAGAUACUUGGAUCUCUCUUCUAAUGAUUUUGAAAUGCCUCCAAGAUCCUUAUCUAUGCUCUACCACCUACAGGUUUUGAAUUUACAAAACUGUCGAAUUCAUAGUUUGCCCAGUGACGUAAACAAGCUGAUCAACUUACGCCAUCUUAAAGCAAAUAGUAAUGUAGUUUCGAUGGUUGCAAAUAUUGGGAAACUAACAUCCCUUCAAGAAUUGUCACUAUUUGAGGUUGACAAGAAUAGAGGAAACCAUAUUAAAGAGCUGAAGAACAUGAGGAAUCUUGGAGGACAACUUCAAAUCAAAUGUCUUGAUGUUGUCAGGUCAAGGGAAGAGGCCAUCGAGGCUGAUUUGUAUCAAAAAAGGCACCUUAAAGGAUUGCAGUUAGAAUGGGCUUCUGAAAGUGAUAAUGUAGAGGAGAGAUGGGAAGCACUUCCGCCUCUUGGACAGCUGCCUUAUCUCAAGGUUCUUCACAUGGAAGGGUUGGAUGGAGUAACACAGAUUGGUUAUCAGCUUUAUGGUAAUGAUGAUAUUGUAUUUCAUCGCUUGGAAGAGCUGACAUUUGACUUCAUGUCUAAAUGGGAGGAGUGGUUAGGAGUAGAUGGAGGCCGGCGUUUGUUUCCUCGCCUUCGUAAACUCAGCAUCACAAGUUGCCCAAAGCUGAAAAGAUUGCCUGUUCUCUCCAUGUUCAAAAAUCAGCGAGAUAACAUCUCUCCUUCCACUUUGCAGAUAUCUGACUGCCCAUGCAUAACAUGUCUUCCAGGUGAAAUGCUGCAUCAACUGAAAAUUUUGGAUGUUAAACAUUGCCCAAGUCUCACAGUGUCCAGGCCUGCCAAUGAAGGAAAGGAGGUUGUGUCGUCACUGGUGCGCCUCUGCGUAGAGGAUGCCCCACUGCUCAAAGGGUGGUUUCUAUGA